CGCCGCGUCCGGUCUUGUCCCGCCGCUGACGCUCACACGUACCCGGACGCUGUCACGUUCGCAGCGCUCAUCGUCGGAAAUGGCGGCGGUCGACGUUGCCGCCAAUGUUCCUCUCCCCACAUCACCGCCCCUCGGACAGUCCGUGACGACCGCGUCAUUGGACGGACACAUCAGCAAUAGCGCGUCGGAAGAGCCAGUCUCUACACCUGCAGCAGAGCCAACGGAGAACCGGACGGAUGAAGACACUGUGCAUGCAGAAGCGCCGGCUCAGGAUGCUACACCAGCGACUACGGAGCCUGUCGUCUCUACGGACUCGGAAGCCGCGCCGGCAAUGGGCCCUGAACCUGCUGAGGCGACGCACGACGCGACGGAGCAGUCAAGUGCGCCGACGGAACAGAUGUCUGCCCCUCAGAUGGAACCCUCUGUCUCCCAGUCGACAAGCACCGAGAGCGCGACGAGUGCGCCGGACGCCCCGGCCUCUGAGCCUGCUAUCCAAGCACCUGCGCCGGUCCCCUACCAAAAUGGCGCAGCAGCACCCUCCACCUCCCAUCUACCAAGCCUGCCGCAGUCCCCAGCUCCAGUCUUACCCCCCACGACCGGGCAUCGUCGAUCACUCACGCUCUCCAAAGGCAACACCGUCUCAGUAGUCCUGAUCUCCACUGCCCUCGAGACGAUAGCCGCGUCCAAAGAGGCCAAGCGCUCUGCACCCCUCAAGGAGAGCGUGCAGAAGGCGCUGGAUCUGGUCAAGAGCAACCAGGGCGGUGACCGCCCUCGCGAGAUAUUCGAGCCCCUCCGCCUAGCAUGCGAGACUCGCAGCGAGAAGCUCAUGAUCGCGAGCUUGGAUUGCAUCUCAAAGCUCAUCUCCUACUCGUUCUUCGAGGAGACCGUCACGCCGACUGCGUAUACUUCCCCGCCAGGCACUCCGACCACCGCGAACGGCUCAGCACGGUCCGAUGCACCGCCCUUACCUCUGGUCGAUCUGGUCGUAAACACCAUUACCCAAUGCCACAACGAGUCGACGCCGGAGUCAGUGUCGUUGCAAAUUGUGAAGGCCCUUCUCGCGCUGGUGCUCUCCCAGACCAUCCUCGUCCACCACUCUUCCCUCCUCAAGGCCGUCCGCACCGUAUACAACAUCUUCCUCCUCAGCAACGACCCUGUCAACCAGACAGUUGCUCAGGGCGGCCUUACACAGAUGGUCAACCACGUCUUCAGCCGCGCGCGAAGCCUAAGCGCUUCCGACUCGGGUACCUUCAGCUCGGACUUGGCAACCUUGAACGACCAGGAGCCGUCCUCUGCCAAGCGCUCGUCGUUCUCUAUACCCCGCCCAUCAUCACGCUUGUCGAGGUUAUCCUCGCAGUAUGACCCCAGGUCUCCGGUAGACCUGCCAACGAACGACUCAAUUACCUCCCUUCCUGCCAGCAGUCAGCCGACCGCGUCCAAGGAAGAUGUGGACACAGAGGACCAUGAUGCCGCUGAAGAUGGGAAGCCCAAGAUCCUGACCCUCGAUAGCUUCGAAGCGGCUAAUCCUCACGACACGCUGCCUGCAAACGGCGGCCAUGCUCAUCAGCUUACGACGCACGACCUCUUCAUCAAGGAUGCCUUCUUGGUGUUCCGCGCGUUGUGCAAGUUGACGAUGAAGCCGCUCAACACGGAGAGCGAGCGGGACCUAAAGUCGCAUGCCAUGCGCUCCAAGCUGCUUUCUCUGCACCUGGUCUUGUCGAUACUCAACUCGCACAUGCCGCUGCUCGUGGACCCGUCAGCUAUCAUCUACUCUAGCUCUUCCCAUGACGCGACGACCUUCGUGCAGGCCAUCAACCAAUAUCUCUGUCUCAGCCUGAGCAGGAAUGCGGUUAGCCCUGUCUUACAGGUCUUCGAGCUGAGCGUGGAGAUUUUCUGGCGCGUUCUCUCCGGCAUGCGGACGAAAUUGAAGAAAGAGAUCGAGGUUUUGUUCCGCGAGAUCUUCAUGCCAAUAUUGGAGAUGAAGACUUCGACGCUGAAGCAGAAGGCGAUCAUCUUGGGCAUGUUCUCUCGUUUAUGCCAGGAUCCGCAGGCGCUCGUCGAGAUCUACCUCAACUACGAUUGUGACAGGGAGUCCGCGGACAACAUCUACGAGCACUUGAUGAACAUCAUCUCCAAGAUUGGCUCGACGUCGGCACCCAAGGAACCCGGCAAGGGCAACGAGCCGCCGCCGAGCCCUGGUAUGCCGCCACAGAAGGGCUCGCAAGGCAAUGUCCCGCCAGCGCUCAGCACACAGGCCAUGUCCAUCGCAGGCAGCAUGGAUACGUCGAACAUGGGUCACUCCGAAGCCCAGUUAAAGCGUCAAGGCCUCGAAUGCCUGGUCACCGUCCUACGCUCGCUCGUCGCAUGGGGGACCACCGCGCCGAAGUCGACGGUCGAGUCCGCCGCAUCCGCCUCGGCGUCGCGCGCGCAUCUGAACAACGACGAUGUCCGGCGGGACUCGAUGACGCCGGAUAAUUCGGUUGACCGGAUGUCGACGGCGACGGCAGGGAGCUCAGAGACGCUGAGGCAGCCAACGCCGGAUUUUACCGACGACCCGAGCAAGUUUGAGACGGCGAAGCAGAGGAAGACGACGCUGUUGGAGGGCAUCAAGAAGUUCAACUUCAAGCCGAAGCGGGGUAUCCAAUUCCUCAUUGAGAAUGGAUUCAUCCCCAGCAACUCGCCCCAAGACAUCGCUGCCUUCCUGUUGCACACCGACGGUCUCAGCAAAGCCAUGAUUGGCGAGUAUCUUGGCGAGGGUGAUGAGGCCAACGUGACGAUCAUGCACGCUUUCGUGGACAUGAUGGACUUCAGAGGACUGGGCUUCGUCGAUGCUCUGCGGACAUUCUUGCAGUCCUUCCGUCUACCUGGAGAGGCUCAGAAGAUCGAUCGCUACAUGCUCAAAUUCGCCGACAAGUACAUGGCCAACAAUGAGAAGACGCCUUUCAUCAAUGCUAACGCCGCUUAUGUCUUCGCUUACUCGGUCAUCUUGCUCAACACGGACGCGCACAACCCGCAGGUCAAGAAGCGUAUGACCAAGGCUGACUUCAUCAAGAACAAUCGCGGGAUCAAUGCUGAUGAGGAUUCGCCUGCCGACCAUGACCCCAACUUGCCAGAGGACUUCCUAACGACCGUCUACGACGAGAUCGUGAGCAAUGAGAUCCGCAUGAAGGAUGAGGUGGAGGCCGUGGGCCCUGCUGCUACUCCCGGUGGUAUCGCUGGAGCUCUGGCGAACGUUGGUCGUGACCUGCAGAAGGAGGCGUACGUGAUGCAGUCGAGCGGGAUGGCGAGCAAGACGGAGGCCUUGUUCAAAACGAUGAUGCGGACACAACGCAGAGCGUCGAAGGCAGCCGAGCAGUUCUUCAGCGCGACGCAGUUCGUCCACGUCCGCCCAAUGUUCGAGGUCGCCUGGAUCCCCUUCCUGGCCGGUCUUUCUGGUCCUUUGCAAGAGACCGACGACAUCGAAAUCGUCGAGCUCUGCCUGGACGGGUUCAAGAGCGCCAUCCACAUCGCCUGCUUCUUUGACAUGGAGCUGCAGCGCAAUGCAUUCGUCACCACACUAGCGAAGUUCACGUUCUUGAAUAACCUUGGCGAGAUGAAGGCAAAGAACAUGGAGGCCAUCAAGACGCUGUUGGACAUCGCACUGCAUGAGGGCAACCACUUGAAGGGCUCUUGGCACGAGGUGCUGACUUGCGUCAGCCAGCUCGAGCACAUGCAGCUCCUGAGCAGUGGUGUCGACCUGCCGGAGGGUCAGAAGGGUCGCUCGAAGAAGCUGCCGGCGGAGGCUUUGGCCAACGAGAGUCGAUCCACGCACAUCACAGUCGCGAGUGACAUGGUUUUCUCACUUAGCCACUACUUGUCUGGCACGGCAAUUGUGGACUUCGUUCAAGCGCUCUGCGACGUCUCGUGGGAGGAGAUCCAGGGCUCGGGCCUCUCGCAAAACCCUCGACUGUUCAGCUUGCAGAAGCUCGUGGAGAUCUCGUACUACAACAUGAACCGCAUUCGUGUCGAAUGGACGAACAUCUGGGCGAUUCUGGGAGAGCACUUCAACCAGGUCUGCUGCCACAACAACCCGCACGUCGGCUUCUUCGCCUUGGAUGCCCUCCGACAACUGGCUAUGCGCUUUUUGGAAAAGGAGGAAUUGCCGCAGUUCAAGUUCCAGAAGGACUUCUUGAAGCCGUUCGAGUACACGAUGGUGCACAACCAGAAUCCGGAAAUCCGCGACUUGGUCCUCGUUUGCUUGCAGCAGAUGAUCCAGGCGAGAGUGGAGAACAUGCGCUCUGGUUGGCGGACAAUGUUCCACGUAUUCUCUGCUGCGUCAAGAGUGCUUACAGAACGCAUCGUCAACUCUGCUUUCGAGAUUGUGACUCGCUUGAACAAGGAGCACUUCGGCGCCAUUGUUCGACAUGGCGCGUUCGCCGACCUUACGAACUGCAUCACCCAGUUCUGCAAGGUCAGCAAGUUCCAGAAGAUCAGUCUCCUGGCCAUUGCGAUGCUUCGCGACGUUAUCACUGUCAUGCUCGAAUCGCCUGAGUGCGCCGUCACUGCCGAGGGACCUGCGGAAAGUCAGCCAUCAGAUCAUUUCUGGCAUCCCGUUCUGUUCGGCUUCUACGACAUUAUCAUGACUGGCGAAGACCUGGAAGUCCGGCGAUUGGCUCUCGACUCCAUGUUCAGCACCUUGAAGACGUAUGGCGCCGGUUUCCCUCUGGAGUACUGGGACGCUAUCUGCUCGGAGCUCCUGUUCCCCAUCUUCUCUGUCUUGAAGUCGAGCCAAGACCUUUCGCGCUUCAGCACCCAGGAGGACAUGAGCGUCUGGCUAUCGACAACGAUGAUUCAGGCUCUGAGGAAUCUCAUCGACCUGUAUACCUACUACUUCGAGAUACUCGAGCGCUCAUUAGACGGGCUGCUGGACUUGCUUUGCGUAUGCAUUUGUCAAGAGAACGAUACGCUAUCACGGAUCGGCACUUCGUGUUUGCAACAACUGCUCGAGAACAACGUCAAGAAGCUCAGCCCAGCGCGAUGGGAGCGUGUUGUCACUACGUUCAUCAAACUCUUCAAGACCACCACCCCACACCAGCUCUUCGACGAGAGUCUCCGUAUCGAGAUCGAUGGGCUUGGGAAUGGCACCGAGUCUCCCGACGCCGGUUCGGAGAACAGUGGCCAGACCAUCCUCCCCGCGCCCCUCUCGCCUACGACAGAGCGUCCUCGCUCGGAUCCGCGAGUCACAUUGGCCGAUAGGCGACGGAUCUUCAAGCAGAUCAUCGUCAAAUGCGUGUUGCAGCUGCUGCUCAUUGAGACAACAAGCGACCUCCUGCGGAACGACGAGGUAUACUCUACGAUCCCGCCCGAGCAUCUGUUACGCUUGAUGGGUGUGCUGGAUCAGAGCUACCGGUUCGCACGCGAUUUCAACGAGGACAAGGAGCUACGGACAGGGCUCUGGAAAGUCGGCUUCAUGCGCCACCUUCCGAACUUGCUGAAGCAGGAGUCAAGUAGCGCAGCAACCCUCAUCCACAUCUUGACACAGAUGUACUUUGACCCUCGACCAGAGCACCGAAAGGCGCGGCCGCAGAUAUCGGAACGCCUGCUGCCGCUCGGGUUGGGUGUCAUCGAGGACUUCAACAAGCUGCGCCAGGAGUCGCAGGCGAAGAACAUCCUCGCAUGGACGCCGGUCGUGUCGGAGAUCUUGGACUGCUUCAGUCGGUUAGACGACAAGUCGUUCAAGAUGUACCUCCCUGCCAUCUACCCUCUGGCUACCCAUCUGCUUGACCGAGAUCUGGCGCCCGAGAUUCGCGCUGGUCUCAAGGCGUACUACCUGCGUGUGGGCUUCGCGCAGGGUAUCAUAGACAGCUCAUGAGCAUCUCUGUAGUGUAGCCUAUUUAUUACUGUAUUGCACCAUCUGGGAUAAUUCUACUCGCACAUAUGAACGGA